AUGGAGACACUCCCGCUACACACUCGGCUCCUCCUCGUCCCUGCAGUCAAGCAGGAUGCCUCCCCGCUCUUCAGCCGCCUGCCCGGCGAGCUCCGCAGCCAGAUCUUCGCCCACGCCCUGACCGACUUCCCGGACCCCUCGCCGGACCGCCGCUACGCCGACGAGACCUGCUACACGCGGCCGACCUACUUCGCCCCGCGCCGCAGCGACGUCGCCCUGCUGCGCGCCUGCCGCGCCGUCUACGCCGAGUGCUGGUUCCUGCCCUUCGUCCUGCGCGAGCAGACGCACUGGCUCACGGCGCCGGACCGCGCGCCGCCCGAGUACAGCGUCUACAUGACGCCCGAGAACCUGCGCUGGCGGCUGCAGGAGAUCCGGGAGCGGGAGGGGGAGCAGCCGCCAGGCGGCGGCCGGGACGUCGAGAUCGAGGGGCUGCGCGUCUUUGCGCAGAUGUACAAGCUCGAGGAGGGAGGGCUGGCGAGGCUGCUGCGCACGCCGGGCCUGCUGCCGCGCAGGCUCGUCCUGACGAUCCGGCACACGGACUGGUGGUUCUGGGAGGACGACACGGACCUGUCCUUCGAUGCCAAGUGGAUCGAGGACGUGUGCAGGGCGCUGCCGGACAGCGUGCGGGAGGUGUGCAUCGAGCUCGAGUCGCUGGAGCGCAAGACCGGCCAGGUCGACGCCAUUGCCAAGCAGAUGUGCGAGAAGUGGUUCUUCAAGAGGAAGGACGGCACAGCUCUGUAUCCCGACUGCACGGGCAAGAGCAACGAGGUCAGUCGCUGGACGGGCUCGAGUACCUGGCAUAACUACCAGUGGACCCGUGAUGAGAUAGAGCCGGGCAAGAUCGCCUAUUACAUUGUUUCGGUGACCUUUCGACCCGAGCACAUCGUUCGGCGGAAUGGAGGAAGUGUGUCUGAUCAGACCAAGGCGGCUGCUGAGAGGGGCGUCUUCAACCAGGGCUUCAUGAAGCUGCAGAUGUCAGAGCGUGAGGGGAAUGACGAGAGUGAAUGGAGUGACGAGAGCGAGGAGGGUGACGAGAGUGAGGAGAGUGAGGAAAGCGAUGAGGGCGAGGAGAGUGAGGAGACUGAUGGUGCGUUAUUCCAAUGA